AUGUGUUGCAGUCUUAAGAAAGGGGUAAUUGAUGAUGAGUACAACCCAAACACCAUGCCCGUAUCUGAACAUUUUGACGAUAUUUACGCGACGGAACCAGUCCUUACGAGCGUUGAAAAUGUUGAAGAAUACAAUGCAGGCAUCAUACCCGUAGCUGAUAAUGUUGACGAUACUUCCACAACAGAACUAGAUGGUUCUAAAUUGCUACGUAUUGAUGAUGCUCAUGAUUCUUCGUUGUCCGCUCUGAGUAAUAUAACACUGAAUUUUGGCACACCUGUAGCGCAACAUGGAAAUGGGCAAGAACCUUUGAAAUUCAGGAUGCUUGAGUCUUUUGAAAACAAUAAGGAUAAUACGACUAACCUACAGGAUGAAAAUGAAGAGGACACAACUUGCGAGCAGAAGGCAACGGGAUCUGUAUUUUUUGAACGGAAGAAAUCCGCUGAUCAAGCUAGGGAACAGUUCAAUGCACAGAAGCGCGCAGCUUAUCGGAAGAAAAAAUAUGAGGAUAUGGUCAGGUUACAAAAGGAGAAUCAGCCUUCCCUUCCAAAGACUGUCUACUGGCACAUUCGCCAUGACGACAAUGCAGAAGACAUCGAUGUAUUCCUAAGCGACAUCAUGGGCGAUGAGCCGACAGGUCCCAAUUUGAUGGACGAGGAGUACUACAUGUUUCGCAACCAAGGAUCCGAUAAUGACAGCAUGGAUGAUGAGAGCGAAGCAACCAUGACUGGUGGUAAUCCUAGCGAGAUUGAUCCAUUUGACUUUGUCUACUCAAACAUUCCAGACAACACUCACAUCCUGAAACUCGCCGCAAACUGUGAACACUGCAAGGCCAGAAAAUUUGAGUCUGAGACUGACGGGUUCUGCUGUCGCAAUGGCCAGAUCGAACUUAAGCAACCGGAACCAGUCCCAGAGUUGAUGAGGCUAUGGUCCAGCAUGGAUGCAGAUUCUAGACAUUUUCGGGAGAACAUACGGUUCUUCAACGGGCAUUUUGCCUUCACAACCCUUGGCGACAGCCUUGAUGAAAACUACACAAACAUGAAGUCUGGGGUGUACACAUUCCGGGCACACGGCACCAUCUACCACAAUGUGCAUUCGUUCGGGCCUAGCUCCCGUCCUGAACAUCUGCAGUUGUACUUCUAUGAUGACGACCCAAACCUUAAUCAUCGUAAGGCAGCGACCAAUCAAUUAGACCAGGAUGUCGUGAAGAUGUUAGUAGACAUACUCAAAGAAAACCCAUACUCCCAGCAAUUUAGGAGUUUGGGUGCACACAAGGACAACCUCGAUGAUUAUAGGAUAGACCUAAACACCGAUAAGAGGCUUGACCAAAGAAGAUAUAAUAGACCGCUGUCAACUGAGGUUGCUGCAAUUUGGGUUGAGGGCAGUGACCUAGCCAAAAGGGGGGAGCUAGGUUGGCACCCAAAGCUACCUGAACGUAAUGUUCCAUGGGAGGUUGUACAACAUCCUCAACUGGGCCAUGAUGAUGAGGAGGAUGCAGAGGGGAAUAGCAGGUUAUGCGUCUCCGUUAGAGACUACUACUGUUACAUGUUGCAAACACGGCCUGCGAUCUUCAAUCCCAUACUCUGUGGAGCACGCCUGCUGCAGCAAUGGGCGGUCGACAUGUACAUCAAGAUUGAGAGUUGUCGGUUGAGGUGGUACAGGAAGAACCAGACGCAGAUUCGUGUCGACUUGUAUAAAGGAGUUGUUGAUGCGAUCACAUCGGGGGAGACGAGAGCAAGCGCUGUUGGCACCCGAAUAGUUCUCCCUGGAACAUACCCUGGUGGCGACCGCGACAUGAAGAAGAGGCAUAUGGAUGCCAUGGCAAUUGUCCAUACAUACGGGAAGCCUGACAUCUUCUUGACCAUGACUUGCAACCCUAAAUGGGAAGAGAUAACAAAUGAGUUGCUUCCUGGUCAGACGGCGCAAGACCGACCUGAUAUUGUGGCUCGCGUGUUCUACGGCAAACUAGAGGCUAUGAAAUACAUGUUGUUCAAGAAGCAUAUCCUGGGUGUUGUGGUCGCUUACGUUUACGUAGUCGAGUUCCAGAAGAGGGGCCUCCCCCAUGCACAUUUUCUGUUGAUCAUGGAUUCAACAUAUAAGCUUGUCGUCCCGGAGCAGUAUGACCGACUAAUUUCUGCAGAGCUCCCAAACAAGCAGAAGUAUCCGGAAUUGCAUGCAUUGGUGGUAAAACAUAUGAUGCACGGACCCUGCGGUGCUCUCAACCCGAAGAAUGUUUGCAUGCAAGAUAACGAAUGCAAGUGUAGAUACCCGCGCCCGUUCAAUGAGAACACAACACAAGGCAAGGACUCAUACCCAGUUUAUCGGCGUAGAGACGAUGGAAGUUGUGCUAAGGUCCGAGGGAAAAUGUUGGACAACAGAUGGGUUGUGCCUUAUAACCCUUACCUUCUGCGGAUGUUCAAUUGCCACAUCAACGUUGAGGUCUGCUCUAGCAUAAAGGCCGUCAAAUAUCUUUACAAGUACAUUUACAAGGGCCAUGAUAAGGCUUCUUUCAGCAUCGACCAGCCCGAUGCCGAUGGUAACAUCGAUGAGAUCAAGAGAUACGUUGACGCAAGGUGGGUCACCCCUCCGGAGGCUAUGUGGAGGAUAUUUGGCUUCCCACUUUGCGCCAAUUACCCGCCUGUCUUGCAGUUGCCUCUUCAUCUCCCAAAUAUGCACAGGGUUGCAUUCAAUGCGCAGGCUGACUUGAAAAAUGUUGUCGCCUCCGAAAAUGCUUCAAAAUCCAUGUUAACGGAGUAUUUCAAGGCUAACCAGGAACACCCUUGGGCUAGGCAUAUAUUGUACAAGGAUUUUCCCGGAAGCUUCACGUGGCAGAAGAAAAAGAAGUUUUGGAAGCCUAGGGUCGAGCAUUUUCAAAUAGGUCGCAUCGUGUCUGCCAAUCCUGCCGAGGGGGAGCGAUACUACCUGCGUGUGUUGCUAAACCAUGUUACGGGCAAAACAUCCUUCGACGACUUUCUCACCGUGGACGGCGUGCUAUGUGGGAGCUUUAGAGAUGCUGCUGAAAGGUUGGGACUCAUCGAGGCAGACAACACGCUCGACGACUGUCUUACAGAGGCUGAGCAGUGGGCGAUGCCAUGUUCUCUUAGGAGGCUCUUCGCAACCAUCUUGGUGCACUGCGAGCCAGGCGACGUGCGCGGUUUAUGGGAUAGGCACCUCGAGCCUAUGUCAGAUGACUAUCGUCGAACACGCACGUCCCCAAACGAGGUGGAGCAGAUGGUGUUGCUUGACAUUAGGGGUAUGUUGCAGUCCAUGGGUAAAGACAUUGUUGAUUUUGCUCUGCCAAGCAUCGAUGAUGCGUUUGACCCAACUGAGGGCGAGGCAAGAGAGGUCAUCGAGGAAUCAACCGUUGAGUUUGACAUGGAUGACACUAAAUUGGCAUCUUCCCUGAACUUGGAGCAGAGGGCCGCAUACGAUGAGAUACUAGCGGCUGUUGAACGCGGUGAUGGGGGUGUAUUCUUUGUUGAUGGCCCUGGAGGUACAGGAAAGACCUUCCUAUAUAGGGCGAUGCUUGCCAAGGUGAGGAGCGAUGGCAAGAUUGGUAUCGCUACCGCGAUGUCAGGCGUCGCCGCUUCUAUCAUGCCUGGCGGCAGGACUGCCCACUCGAGGUUCAAGAUCCCAUUGAGUUGCGAUGAUGGAGCCUCGUGCAGCUUCACCAAGCAGAGUGGGACCGCGAAGCUGCUAAGGAUGGCCUCAUUGAUAAUAUGGGACGAGGCCAGCAUGACGAAGCGACAAGCGGUCGAGGCAUUGGACAAUAGCAUGCGCGACAUUAUGGGAAUACGCGACCGACCCUUUGGAGGAAAGACUGUUGUUUUUGGUGGGGACUUUAGGCAGGUGCUUCCGGUCGUCAGAAGGGGGUCGCGGGGCCAGAUAAUUGAUGCAACCCUCCGAAGUUCUCAUCUAUGGAAGGGUAUGCGGCAGCUUCGGCUCAUCACCAACAUGAGGGCUCAUAAUGACACGUGGUUUGCAGAUUACUUGCUAAGGGUCGGCAAUGGCACUGAGGAUGUCGACGAUCAAGGCAACAUACUACUCCCUGAAGACAUCUGUCUACCGUCUACAGGCGAGGUUGAUGACCUGGAGAAGCUUAUUGACCACGUGUUUCCGAGUCUAGAUGACAACAUGUCUGAUUCGAAUUACAUGACAUCUCGCGCAAUCCUUUCCACGACAAACGACAAUGUCGACAAGAUAAACAUCCGCAUGAUAGAGCGUUUUCAUGGAGAUGAAGUAAUCUACCAUAGCUUCGACAGUGCGGAGGACGACCCAUAUGGCUACUACGCUCAGGAGUUUCUGAAUGGAUUGACUCCUAACGGUCUUCCUCCGCAUGCACUCAAGCUAAAGCUGAACUGCCCUGUCAUACUUCUAAGGAACAUUGAUCCAGCUAAUGGACUGUGUAACGGCACUAGGCUUGUUGUUAGAGGUUUUGAGAGGAACACCAUUGAUGCAGAAAUCGUGAUUGGAAAACACGCUGGCAGGAGGGUCUUCCUUCCUCGAAUACCUCUCUGCCCAUCUGAAAACGACAUGUUUCCGUUCAAGUUUAAAAGGAAGCAAUUUCCUAUAAGGCUUAGCUUUGCUAUGACCAUUAACAAGGCUCAAGGGCAGACCAUCCCGAUUGUUGGUGUCUACCUACCCAAUCCCGUGUUCUCUCAUGGUCAGCUCUAUGUUGCUCUGUCUCGAGCCACCGCGAAAAGAAAUAUAAAGAUACUCAUUCAGAAGGAGAAGCCGAAGGAGAAGGCCAACAAGCAAAAGGACAAUCCAAAGAAGCGAAAAAGACCGACCGUGUCCUUACUGACGUCGAUGAAGAACAUCGUCUACAAGGAAGUCCUUACAGGCUGA